AUGGCGCAAAAUUUGAGAAGUGACUUCAUUGCGAGUGAAGCAGGAAUCGUUCCACCUUUGAGCGCCCAGGAGGAAUGCCUCGGCCUUGCUGUGUUGGACUUGUGGAGAAUGGCUAAAGAGCGACGCCAGACUAUAAGAGAGCUCUGCAAAACUGUCAGCUAUAAAUCCUGCCUCCCCAAGUCACAUCGGCAUGAAAUCCAGAAACGAAACCGCCUGGACCGCUUUCGAAUCAGGAACACCCUUAAGCGUUUCUUGAAGAAACUUGGCAAAUGCUCAGUGGACGAGUACAGCCUGAAGCUCAAAUACCUGAUUGAACUGGCUGGCAUCGAGCCGUCUCUCGGGAGUGAGACCUUCCGUGUCAAUCGUUCUUCCUCCCACACAGAAGCAACUUUCACCCUUCUGCGAGUCUGUGGGGAGACAGGAAUUCAAACUGGUCAACUUGAUGGAGCCCUGGAAUGGCAGACCUUCUGUGAUUUCCAUGAAAUUGUAGACAUCAGCAUUAAGAGGAUCUUGAACGAGAUGGUCCCACAAGACAGCAGGAUGGUAACGAUAACUCGGAAGGAUGACAGAUGCUUGGAAGCUAGUUUCCAGAGUCGCAAAGAGGCACUUUCGUUUAUGUCGCUGAUCGACGGCUAUUUCAGACUGAUCACGGACUCAAGCCAUUUCUUCUGUCAAGACAUUGCUCCACCAAGCCUUCUAGAGGGACUCAAAAACUAUUGUCAUGGCCCUAUCACAUCAGAGUUUGCAGUCAACAAGCUGAAAAGGUCAGGAUGCACAGGCGGUACCUUCCUUAUCCGGCAGAGUCCAAAGAACUACGAGAACUUCUUCCUCACUGUUUGUGUUCAGACCCCUCUUGGCCUUGAUUAUAAGGACUGUCUCAUUAUUAAAAAUGAGAGCUACAGUCUUCCUGGUCUCACAAAAUCAUUUUCCAGCUUGAGAGAACUCACCAACUAUUACCAACACAACAAGCUGCUGUUGGCCGAAAUACCCGUCAAGUUAACUCGCUGCUGUCCACCUCGACCCAAAGAACUCACAAAUCUCAUAAUAGUACGAAACAGCAGCUUGUUUGAAGCUCAAGGAUCUCCAACACCUGAAAGAAACAAGUUCAGUCACAUUCAGAUCCACAUGAUCAAAUUYGGAGACCUGAACUGGGGUGACAGCCUUGGACAGGGCACCUUCACCCGAAUCUUUAAAGGCUAUAAAACUGACUUCCGUGAUGGAGAAAAACACAUGACUGAAGUCAUCCUAAAGGAGCUUGACUCUGCUUACAAGAACUGCUGGGAGUCACUYUUCGAAGCUGCCAGUUUGAUGAGCCAAAUUUCUCACAAACACCUCCUCCAUGUAUAUGGAGUCAGUGUACAUGAAUCACAAAACAUCAUGGUUCAGGAGUUUGUCAAGUAUGGAGCCCUUGACCUGUACUUGAAAAGAGGAACAUCUGUCUCAGUGAGCUGGAAACUCAGCAUAGCCAAACAGCUUGCAUGCGCACUCAACUUCCUGGAAGAGCAAAACAUUGUUCAUGGAAAUAUCUGUGCUAAAAACCUGCUGCUGGCAAGAGAAGGCGACCCCUCGCUGGGCAGUUCUCCCUUCAUCAAGCUGAGUGACCCGGGCAUCAGUGUGGUCAUGAUGGGAAAUGAUGUUAUUUUGGACAGGAUUCCCUGGGUGGCUCCUGAGGUGCUUGAUGCCCCAGACAACCUGACGCUCGAGUGCGAUAAGUGGAGCUUUGGUGCCACUGUGUGGGAAAUUUUCAACGAUGGAAACUCCCCAUUGAGAGGCUGGAACUUAGAUCAGAAGAGGAAUUUUUACGAGAACAUGCAUCAGCUGCCUCCUUCCCAGUGGACAGAGUUAGCAGAUCUGAUUGCUCAGUGCAUGGACUAUGACGCCGCCUUCAGACCAUCAUGUCGCAGUAUCAUCCGCCAGCUCAACAGUCUCAUCACAUCAGAUUAUGUCAUACUUCAUGCUACUGAACCGGUGACACAGAGCCCCAUGUCCAAAGCUCUCAACCUUGUUCCACAUGAUCAAACACUGUUUGAGGAAAGACACUUAUGCUACAUCUCCCCACUGGGAAAAGGAAACUUUGGGUGCGUUGAGCUUUGUCGCUACGACCCUUUGGGUGAUAACACUGGCGAGCUCGUGGCUGUGAAGAAGCUCCAGCCGAACAAAGGCUCCAAUCUAGAGGAUUUCCAGAAGGAGGUUAAAAUGCUGAGUGUUUUACAUUGUGACUACAUCGUCAAGUACAGAGGAGUCUGCUACAGCAUGGGUCGCCUUAGCAUGAGCUUAGUGAUGGAGUAUCUGCCUUAUGGCAGCCUUAAUGGCUAUGUGUGGACUAACCGUCACAACAUCACCACCAGGCGGAUGCUGCUUUUCUCUUCUCAGAUUUGUAAGGGUAUGGAGUACUUGCAGACGCAGCGUUACGUCCACAGAGACCUCGCAGCAAGAAAUAUUCUUGUUGCCAAUGAGUCGCUGGUGAAAAUUGCUGAUUUUGGCCUGACGAAGGUUCUUCCCUUUGAUAAGGAGUACUACCGCCUCUCUCAGCCUGGACAGAGCCCCCUCUUCUGGUUAGCUCCGGAGUGCCUUAAUGAAAAUAAAUUCUCCCACAAAUCAGAUGUGUGGAGUUUCGGGAUCGUUCUCCAUGAGCUCUUCUCUUACUGUGACAAUAGCAUCAAUCCCAAAAGACUUUGUUUGCAGGAGAUCGGACAAAAUGUCCAAGGUACAUCUCUUUCCAUGCAUCUGUCAAACAUGCUGGCGAGCAAUUGGAGGUUGCCCGCUCCUCCAAACUGCCCUCUGCAGGUCUACAGUUUGAUGAAGGACUGCUGGACGCACGACUUUGACAAGCGUCCGUCUUUCUCUGACCUGUCAAAAAAGGUUGAAAAUAUGAUCCAGGACGACAGAUAAAGCACAAAAGGCUGAGAAAGAGGCCUUGCUGAACCACACAGACAUUGUUCAACAGCAGCAGUAUUGAAUUUUACGUUUUAUUUAUUGUCUUCCUCAGCAGUAUUUCCUUAAUUUUUGUUCUUUCCUUUAUUUUGAAGCCUGUGGACACUUGGUAAUGAGUAAUUGUAUCAUAUACAUUGGUUUCAGUGAAAGCAGCAAAAGUUAAUGUACAGCUUUUUAAUGCUCCUUAUCACAUCAUGUUGCUGGGAUUUUUGGUAACACUUUAUUUGAAGGGGUGUGCAUAAGACUGACAUGACACUGUCAUAAACAUGACACAA